AUCUUUCAUAUAUUUCGGGUAAAAACGUAGAUUCGAUAGGAUAAUGUUUCUGAAAGUUGCAUUCUGGUUGAGUUGUCAAUUGGAAUCAUAUAUAUAAGGAAUUUGAAUUGGGUGUUUGCAUCACAUAAACUGUCAGGUUUGUGAAACUCUUUGAACGGUAGGAAGGAGGAAGUGGAGUGGGGUUUAAUACUGUUGGCGAGGAAAAGAAAGUAAACUGCUCCACAGUGCUCUUCUGGAUCAGCGGGCAUCCAGGUGUUUGUCUGUCCGGUAAAGGGUUGAGGAGAGGGAGCAGGACGGGAUGUUUGCUCAGAAAAACAAGCGAGCUGCAGCGCUGAAAGGCCAAGGAGCAGCUGCAGCCAAACAGAUGGGAUUGUUGCUUGAUUUCAAGCCAGAUGAUAUGAUGGACAUGGAGCAAGAUCUGGAUGAUCCAGCUUUAGAAGCUGAAUUUGCUGCCAUUGUUGGGAAGAAACCCAAUGUGGCUCCCAGGGGGGAAAAGGCUGGCAAAGCUCCAUUACCGAUGGAGGAUAUUGAAAAAAUGGCGGAGGCCUGCAUGAAAGACAUUGAUGAUGAUGAAGAUGAUAGUCUCGAGGAUGACGAAGACCUCUUGGCUGAGCUGCAGGAAGUGGUUGAUGAGGAGGAAACAGAAGAUUCAGGUGCCACAACCCCCGCCUCCCCCAUUAGUGCGGAAACCUCUUCAGCAGAAUUGACGGCAGCCAGCCAGGACACUAAGGUUUCUUCAGUGCCUGGUAGCAUUGAGCACACUUUAGAGGAGAGAAUAAACCUGUAUAGGAUGGCUGUUACCAAUGCCAAAGCCGCAGGGGAAACCUCUAAAGCUCGGAGAUAUGAGAGAGGCCUCAAGACACUACAGACUAUGCUGGCAUCAGUACGGAAAGGAGGGAAGAUUGACGAAACAGAGAUUCCCCCUCCAGUUGCAUGUGGAGUGUCUGGUAGUCCCAGUCGGCCCCCUGUCCCUGCAGCUUCACCUGAUCAGCACGGGGAGUGUGACAGAGCUGUUGAGAUCUCUCCCAUCUCUGCAGAGGCCGUCUCUGUUGUCAUGGAUCCAGCAUCAAACACUAAAGACGAGUCCUCUGGUGUAGCAUCUCCAGCUUCCCUGUCAUCUCCAGAAGGGGAACAUGCAGCAAGUGGCGCUGUAUUGCACUUAGCACACUCACCAGCCGGACAGCCCACUAAAGACAUUCUGUUGGAGCGACAGAAGGAGUACAGGAUGGCAGCCCUCAAGGCCAAACAAGCAGGAGAUAUUGACCAAGCCAAAAUGCAUAUAAAGGCCAGCAAGGGAUUCAAUGCAGCAAUUGAGGCUUUGGAGAAAGGCCAGCCGGUGGACAUGAGCUCCAUUCCUCCCCCUCUGUCUCAAGCCUCUACAGUUACUCACCCUGCACCUCAAAAAGCCAUUACCUCACCUUCAGCUCCUGCAGACAGCGGUUCUGGUCCAGCUCAGCCCCAGACUGUUCUUGAAGCUCUGGAACAGAGGAUGGCCAAGUACAAAGAGACCUUCACACAAGCUAAGGCCAGCGGGGAUGAGCGCAAAGCCCGCAUGCAUGACCGCAUUGCUAAACAAUACCAGGCUGCCAUCCGUGCCCAUAAAGCAGACCGACCUAUCAAUUUUGAUGAACUUCCAGCCCCUCCAGGCUUUCCUCCAAUCCCAGGCCAGAAGGCUGCUGCUCCAGAGCAGGGAUUGGCUGCAGUUCUGGAAACGGCCAAUAAGCUGACAUCUAAUGAAGAUGAAGCUGAUGAUGGUGAAGAGGAAGAUGAAGAGGGAGAGGAGAAGGUUAAGGCUCCGAAAGUAGGCGACCAAAUGAAGCCCACUCUUGCAGUACAGCCAACGGUACAGAAGCCCAAGAGAACCCCUUCACCUUCCCCAGACAGAACGUCCAAAAGAGGAAGUCUGCCUGACACUGCUCAGCAGCAGCUGGAGUUUCUGGAAGGCCGCAAAAAGCAGUACAUGAAAGCAGCGCUGCAGGCAAAGCAAAAGAAUGACCUAGAGCAGGCCAAGACCCUCCUGCGUGCAGCAAAAAGUUUGGACCCCAUGAUAGAAGCCGCCCGCAGUGGCAAGACAGUGGACGUAAGCAAGGUGCCUUCACCGCCUGGAGAUGAGGACGAGGACUUCAUUCUAGUCCAUCACAGUGAUGUUCAGAUCUCAGAGAAGGCUGAGGAGGUCUACACUCAACUCACAAAUCUACUCAAAGAGCAAUACGAGAAAUGUGUGACAUACUCCAAGCAGUUCACGCACAUGGGGAAUGUUGCAGAAACAACCAAAUUUGAGAACAUGGCAGAACAAUGUAAGAAGAGCCUGGAGAUUCUUAAGCUGGCACAGAACAGGGGGCUUCAGCCUCCUAAACAUCACUUUGAGGAGAGAACAUAUCGCACUGUCAGGAUUUUCCCAGAGCUCAGUAGCACAGACAUGGUUGUGUUCAUUGUUAGAGGGAUGAACCUUCCUGCUCCCUCGGGUGUUGCAACAAAUGACUUGGAUGCCUAUGUCAAGUUUGAUUUCCCAUACCCCAGUACAGAUCAACCUCAGAAGCAUAAAACAUCAGUCAUCAAAAAUACCAACAACCCAGAGUAUAACCAGAGCUUCAAACUGAACAUCAACCGGAACCACCGUGGCUUCAGGAGAGUUAUACAGUCUAAAGGCCUGAAGCUGGAAGUGCUGCACAAAGGUGGCUUCCUGAGAAGCGACAAGCCGAUAGGAACAGCCCUGCUCAAACUGGAGAAACUGGAAACUGAAAGCGAAGUGAGAGAGAUAGUGGAGCUCAUGGAUGGGCGGAAGGCCACAGGUGGUCGUCUGGAGGUGAGGGUGCGUCUCAGAGAGCCGCUGGGUGGGCAGGACCACCAGACUGUCACAGAACGAUGGCUAGUGUUAGAGGAGCCACAGGUACUGCUGUAACGGACGCCGUGAUUUCAUCUUCACAACGUCUUGAGGUCUUAUGAGAGCAGAUGAAGGUAUGGACGGUGAAAGCUCAAUGGUGCUGCUAGCCUCGGGUACGAACCACGUGAAGGAGAUCGUGAGGAACUUGCUCAACAAGCUCUCUGUGCUUUGAGCCGUUCACAGAGAGACAUAGUCACUGACAGAGGGAGUUAGCUUUGUCUUCAUCAGGGUUAAACAGGUUGGACCAGGAUGUAAGAGUUGGGGUGGUUAUUAAAAAUACAGGAGAUAUUAAUAAGAGGAGCAGGUAAAUUGAAAUUGAAAUGCCUUUUGAAAUAGAUUGCCUCUUGAUUUUAUAAUAACGCUCACCCCAACCGUUACAUUAAUGCAUUGGAGCUAAAGCCAAUGAGAGCUAACUGUUUUUUAUUUUUUUACUGCUGUGGGAUGCACUUGCGCACUAAUGCCAAAGUAAUUGCUGCUGCAGUAAGAUGAAUGACUUAAUCUGUUCUCUCUUAAACUAGGAGCCUGUUCCUGCCAUAUCUCAAAUACUAAUUUAUGACUGCUAUGCAAAUGAGUUCUAGAAGAUUAGCUAUGCAAAAAGGUUUGCGUUUGAAUCCCAAACAUUUUGUCAGACAUUUCAAAACUUGUUUACAUCUUGUGUGAAUUCACUGCUUGGUUUAUUACAGACAGGCCGUGUCAAAGUACUGCUGUUGAAUAUUAUAUUCCAUUAAAGCCAUAAACCAGCUUUUACUAAUUGAACCAGACGUGAAUUAUUCAUCAAAUGUUCUGAAUAGUCGAUUUUUUUAAUGUUUAAUUCAGGAGGUAAAUGAGUGAGCGUGCCAUGUUUUCAGAAUGAUUGAAAAUAUAUAAUUUUUCCAGUAAAUUUACACUUCAGUUAGCUUUCCCAGCGCUUUGCUGACAAUCAGG